AUGCCGGCAUCAAUCGCGUGGGCCGUGCGGCAAGGGAACAGAGGCGCUAUCGUGCAGUGCGGUUCUCCGCUCGCCACGACGACGAACCCCAUGCCUCCGCCCCAUCGCGCCGGAGCGGGCGGCGGCGGCGGGGGCCGCGACGCGAGCGCGUUCUUCGCGGCGACGCUGGUGCUGUGGGCGGUGUCGGUGGGGUUCGAGAUCGGGGCGCGCGGCCGGCGGGAGCUGGCGCCCGUGGCCGCCGGGUUCGCCUUCUUCCAGGCCGCCAACGCCGCCGUCCGCGCCGCCGUCUCCCGCGACCCGCUCUUCGUCAACACCGCCGUGUCGCUCCUGCACUCCUCUCUCACGUCCGCCUCCGUUAUCUUUGUUCUUGUCAACCGAUGGCAUAAUAAGGACCUCAAGAACAUGUUUGAGCAUGAAGAAUUAUUUGGUGGCAGUUGGGUUGGAGCAUAUUCUGCUUUGUGCUUUUCUUGUGGUUACUUUGCUUAUGACCAAUUAGAUAUGCUUCGUUACCGACUGUACAGUGGAUGGAUUCCUGGAAUUCUCAUGCACCACCUGAUCCUGCUCAUUUGCUUUACACUAGCUCUAUAUCGGAAUGUGACAAUCAACUACCUAAUUCUCACUCUUGUAUGCGAGCUGCAUUCCGUAUUUUUGCACAUAAGGAAAUUGAGGCGAAUGGCUGGAUUUCGGGAUUACAACAGAAAAAUUGUGAAACUGGAAUGGGUUCUCAACUGGACUACAUUUGUAUCAGCAAGGGUGGUGUGCCACAUACUGAUUACAUACAAACUGAUCAUCGAUGCCCACAAGUUUGCUAAUGGAAUUGAGCUUCCUCUAGCUUUAUUUGGCAUGGCAGGGAUGAAUCUGCUCAACAUAUUCUUAGGAUUUGAUCUAGUGAAAGCUUACACACGUGAGAGAAAUCAGCAGAUACAUCAGGACUGAGUUGUGCCUCUAGUGAUAUGGUACUCCAACAAUUUUGGCAGGUUUGUAGUCACACAACAUUGAAUGUAGAUCAGCAGACAAGGUAUGUUGAUGUUUUAUUGGCCUCUACGUUGGGUAGUAACUAGUAACGGUGUACUAUAUUAUGUGUACUCAACUCAUUAUAAGAUCUCUACCAGCAAUUAUUCUUUGCUACAUUACCGCUUGUAUAUCAUGUUUCAUUUAUCAUGACAAUAUGCAUACAUAAAUCAACCUGGAUACAACAACAACAUUGCUCAUAUUACAAGCAGAAAGCGAUUAAAAAAAAAAAGAUGGCCUUGUGUACCUUUUUUUUCUUCAAAACUUCACCUAUACAGUUUUGUGUCCCGCUGUGAGGAAAUGUUUGCAUUAACAGUUUGCAUCAUUUGCUCAUAUUUUGUACUUCAUAUAACUCUGUUUGUAACAAUACUGAAAUAUACACAACUAUCUUUUUGUCACUCCUGAAUCUGGUGACUUUACAGAUACAUUGUAUUCCCUGGUGAGUAAGAGGUGUGCACUGUAUUCUGGGCACUCAUCUCCAGCAAGAACUUUUUGUUGCUCCUGGAUCUGACUUGGAGUUAAAUUGUAUGGUUGCUCAGGGACCAUAUUUGUUAAACUGAAUUAUGAAUAUAAUCAUCUACAAAAGAAAAACCGAAUUUGGUGACUUGAGGGUAAACUGUAUUAUGAACGCAAAUCUUGAGCAACAAAAAAUAUGUAGGUCCCACCGGGAUUCG